AUGUUCUGGCGCAUGACCGGCCUCUCCGCGGCCUCGCCCGUGAGUUCCUCCUUCCUCUGCUGCAUCUCUCAGGUGGAUACAAUUCUGGACAAAGAAAAUUUUACAUUGGAAGAACUUCUUGACGAGGAUGAAAUUAUUCAGGAGUGCAAAGCACUGAACUCGCGACUCAUAAACUUCUUACGUGACAAGGCCCAGGUGGAACAGUUGCUUCGUUAUGUUGUGGAAGAAGUUCCAGAGGAUGCUGAAAGGAAGCGCUCUUUCAAGUUCCCUUUUAUUGCUUGUGAAAUAUUUACUUGCGAAAUCGAUGUCAUUUUGAGGACCCUAGUAGAGGAUGAAGAGCUAAUGGACUUGCUUUUCUCAUUUGUGAAACCUGAUCAUCCGCAUAAUACAUUAUUGUCUGGUUACUUCAGUAAGGUGGUAAUAUGUUUGAUGCUGCGGAAGACUGCUCCACUGAUGAGUUAUGUUCAGGGGCAUCCAGAGAUAGUUGUCCAGCUUGUUGACCUGAUUGGCAUCACAUCGAUAAUGGAGGUGCUGAUACGACUGAUUGGUGCUGAUGAGGCCAUAUAUUCAAACUAUGGUGAUACGUUGCAGUGGUUAGAAAAUACAGAUGUCCUUGAAAUGAUUGCAGAUAAGUUUAGCUCGUCGGAUUCUCCUGAAGUGCAUGCCAAUGCUGCGGAAAUUCUAUGUGCAGUUACUCGGUGUGCACCUCCAUCUCUUGCUGCGAAAAUAUGCAGUCCAAGUUUUGUUGGGAGGUUGUUCCAUCAUGCUCUUGAAGAAUCAAGACCCAAAUCUGUUCUGGUUCAUUCACUGUCAGUGUGCAUAUCGUUGCUGGAUCCGAAAAGACUAGCAUCAGCUUCAUAUCAAGCAUUCAGAAGUAACUUAAGUCAUGGGGCGUUGGUCACGGCCAGUCCAGAGACAGUUGAUGGUAUGCUUGAGAGUUUAGGCAACUUGCUGAAGUUAUUGGACACUUCGGCUGCUGAAAGCGUGUUGCCAACAACUUAUGGAUACGUGCGCCCACCUCUCGGAAAACACCGUCUGAAGAUUGUAGAAUUCAUCUCUGUGCUGCUUACAAUUGGAAGUGAAACUGCUGAAAAAGAGCUAAUAAGGCAGUCAGCAAUAAAGCGCUCGAUUAAUUUGUUCUUUGAGUAUCCAUAUAACAACUUUUUGCACCAUCAUGUUGAGAAUAUAAUUGUUUCUUGCCUGGAGGGUAAAAGACCUGAAGUUGUUGAGCAUGUUCUUCAUGAAUGUGAUAUUGUUGGUAAAAUUCUUGUUUCAGAAAGGCUUUCAUCUUUGUCGACUGAGUCUAAUGGGCCUACUGUUCCCUCUGAAGGGAAAACCCCUCCAAGAAUUGGAAAUGUUGGUCACAUGACAAGAAUAGCCAAUAAGCUUAUUCAGUUGGGCAACAGUAACAACACAAUACAGGCUUACUUACAGGAAAAUAAUGAGUGGGUUGAAUGGCAAACAAAUGUGUUGGUCAAACGCAAUGAAGUGGAGAAUGUUUAUCAUUGGGCUUGCGGGCGCCCGACAUCAUUACAUGACCGUGGUAGGGACAGUGAUGAUGAUGAUUUCCGGGACAGGGAUUACGACGUGGCAGCUCUUGCUAAUAACUUAAGUCAGGCAUUUCGUUAUGGGAUAUACAGCAAUGAUGACAUUGAAGAGGCACAAGGAUCACUUGAACGAGAUGAUGAGGAUGUGUAUUUUGAUGAUGAAUCAGCUGAGGUGGUAAUAUCUUCUUUGCGUCUGGGAGAUGAUCAGGACGGCUCCCUCUUUACAAAUUCAAACUGGUUCACAUUUGAUGGAGAGAGAGGCCUUGAUGACCGUUCAUCUGCUUCUGUUCCUUCAUCAUCCCCCAAUUCUGAGGAGACUUCACUAGAGACCGAGGAAGCUGAUGAUGGUAAAGUCAUUGGCACCGAGGAUGAAAUGGAAACAGUAUAUCUUGGAAAUGGUAGUGCCGAGGAGGUAAAAGAUGUAGCAGAGUGUACUGAACAGCCAAAUUGUUGUACUGAGGAUGAGCGAUUGAAAAAUACAGAAGGGAUGGAUCGGCAUCCAGAUGCUUCAAAUAACGAUACCAACAUAUGUACAGACGAGGCUGCCUCUGCUGCAGCAGAAUCUUCAGCCCCAUCAGUUGAGAUAGUGGCAGAGAAAACAGUAGAUGAACCAUUAGAGGCAGAAAGAACAGUGGAUGAACCGGACGAAUCAUCUUUGGACAGUUCUGUCUCUGUAGCUUUGCCAGCUCCUGUUAAUGGUAGUGAGCCUGCCAACUCUGAAGCUUCUUCUGAACAAGUUGCCCAUGACACUGGUGUGCAGCAACCAGUCAAGGAAGCUCCUGACGAGGAUGUUGAUGCAAAGAAAACUGAUGCAGCCCAAGCAAGCGAGUGA